GGGCCGCCAGACAAGAAACCGUGGCUCUCCACGUACGCCUCCUGGGGGGGUAGAGACCCCUGCGCAACGAUACACACGCGGUCCGUCUGCAUCUUCAGCCCCGAAGAUCUGCCCAUGAUGAGCGAGAGGAAAGAGCUGUUCGCCAACAAGUUCUACAUCACCCACCACCCGGCCGCGCUCCACUGCCUGGACGAGAUGCUCUUCAACUUGACCUACUUCAACACGUCACGUGACCUGUCGUUUUACCAGAACCUUCCAUUUGCGUUGGCGUCGUCGGGGACGAACCACGUGACCUGAUCUGCGGAGCGACGCGGGUGGCCGCGGAGCGACGCGUGUGGCCUCUGAGCGACAGUUCAUUUCAACUUCAAAAUGUUUGGCGAUCAGCCGCAUCAACCAUCGGACUGAGCAUUCCACUGCCAUCACUUGCCAUCAUCAUACCCACAAACUGUUGAUGUAGUCACGUGCCAUCAUCACAUCCAGAAAUUGCUGAUGUUGUCAGGUGCCAUCAUCCUAUCCAGAAAUUGUUGUCAUGUGACAUCAUCCUAUCCGCAAAUUGUUGAUACAAUAACUUGAUAUCAUCAUAUUCAGAAAUUGUUGAUGUAUACAGUCACUCGCCAUCAUCAUAUCAACAAAUUGUUGAUAAAGUCACUUGCCAUCAUCAUAUUCAGAAAUUGUUGAUGUUGUCACUUGCCAUCAUCAUAUAUACAAAUUGUCGAUGGCGUCACCAGUUGUGUAGCUAGAGUGUUUGGUGCCAGGGGACAAGAUUCAUUUGAAAGCACCCCACCCCCUUACUUUGUUCAAACUCUCAAACCCAUCAUUUUCAUCAAUAUCAUAAUAUCCAAGCGCAAUUUGACUCACCUAUCUCGUAUCCGGAAAUUUGAUCGAAAGAAAUUUCGUCGACG